UAUUAUGAGCUGCACUCAGUACUGAUCAUCUCGCCGAGUGCCAUAGUCGUCAACGGUUGGAAAAGUUGGCGCGAAGUGUAAAGAAAGCCAUAUGGAGUUCAAGUGCCACAAACAGUGCUUCCUGUUGCCAUAGAUAGUGGAUUACCAUUCGAGUGGGAGAAAGAUUUCCCGCAGAUAACCUGCGACGAUUGGAAAUCGAUAAUUUUAGUCAGUCUGAGCCACGUGUGUACAUAGUUGUAAAUAGUUGUAAAUUUGUAAAUUUGACUGGCUGUGAUUUGUGUUAACCAUAAUGGCCGGCGUGCUUUUCAUAGUAAACAUCCCCUCGGCUAAGUUCGAGAUAAUCCUGCGCCAAAAAGAGAAGGAAAAGUUGGCCAAAAGUAGUUCGGCCGAGCUCACCGAUGAAAAAGGCGACAAAAAAGAUGCUAGCAAUGAAAAUGAACCGUUUCUCACACCUCGACCGCAGAGACACUUGCUAAAGGAUAAGGAAGAUCUACGUCGCAGUUUCUUUGAUCUUACCCAAUGCAAGCCAAAAGAUUCGAAGCCAACAGAAGGCGAGGGUGGUGCUGCAAUACCCCAACUGGUCAUCCCCGUAAUCAACUGUCCGGAUGGCGAUGGUUUGGAUGACCCGAAAUCACCUCAGGAUGAUAAUGAUGCUGCGAAGCAAUCGCUUGCGGUUCCGUUCGAUCGGACCUCGGCUCUGAGAAAAUCUUGGGAAGGUUUCAAAGACAUAUUAAGUUCCGCCCGCAAAGAUAAGGAAAAGGAUCCUCGUGCAGCGGAAGCAGAAAAGUUUAACCUAGAUGCCGAGUCGACCUUAGAAGAUGUAGUGAAGGAGAUUAUCCGGGAGAAGAAAAUUUUCAAUUCGGCCUGGAUCGAAACCAACAAAGGAAAAGGCUAUCAGAUUUCAUUUACCCUAGAAUCCGGCAACAAGUGUGACGAUUUGAUCUAUCUGCUCAGUUCAUGGGGUGUGGGUGAGCGAUUUCAUUCGACCAUCUCUAUAACCUCUUGCACACUGUUCACCGAGCAUCCAGAGGAAGACGAAACCAAUUCAGAGUUAAAUGGCAGCAAAGAUGGCGGAUGGACCAACUUCCUAUCAUCUGUUCGGGCUCGUUUAAACGUAGCACAAAUCGUCGAGGAGGUCAAACACGACGCCUCUAUAACGUUCGAUUUCAUCUCAAUGCUCGGAGUCGCUAGCAUAUUAGCUGCGUUUGGACUGAUUGAAGAUAGCACCUUGUUUCUGCUCGCCAGCAUGCUUAUCUCACCGUUGAUGGGUCCAAUCAUUGCGGGUAUUUUUGGAACUGUGAUUAAAGAAAGAAGCCUACAACUGAUGGGAGUGAGAAACGAAACGAUUGGGAUCUUGUUUGCCAUAACGGUCGGAUUCAUUUUUGGACUAAUUGUGUGCAGUUUGGAUGAACGUUACGGCGUGGGUGAAGGGAUAACGAAUGAAAUGCUAAGCCGGUGUGAGGUACACUCUCUGCUGGUGGGAAUUGCGAUCGCGUUGCCCUCGGGAGCUGCAGUAGCGAUUGCGAUACUAGGCGAAAAUAUCGGAUCGCUUGUUGGCGUGGCGAUCUCAGCCUCCCUGUUGCCUCCUGCAGUCAAUGCGGGUGUUCUCUGGGCGCUUUCUGUUCUAUGUUUUCUUCUCGGAGCGCCAGAUGAACGUUACAGUGCCGUGGUAAAAACUCAGAUAUACUCUGAAAACCAAACGAUUGAACUCUUCGCACUUGGCUGCAUGAGCAUGUGUCUAACGUUCCUCAACAUCUUGUGCAUUUACGUUAUGGGUAUUAUUUUCCUCAAGAUAAAAGAAGUUGCUCCGAUUGUUAAUAAGGAUCAGAAACAAUUCUGGAAGCACGACAUCAAGAUCGCUCGAGAUUACAAUAGGACACUACACUCGACGGACGGAAUGUCCAUGAGCAAGCAGUUAAUCCAUGAAUUGACUACUCUUCACAACCAAGAUCCGGAUGGACGAGGAUUUGGUUCAGAAAUGAAAUUGAGCAUCAGUUCUAGAAAUCAGCACACUUGGUCACCAAAUCACAAUUACCACCAAAGAGAACACAGGCCAACCAUACAAGAAUUAGAAGCAUUAUAUCAAAGUCUGUCGGCUAAUACUGGCGAGGGUCAGUACCACUAUCCGACCCACCAUGCUGCUCCUUCGUUUAUGAAGCUACAUCCUACAUCUCACAUGCGUCCCUCGAAACCUUGGUCACCGUCAAAAGAAGACGGUCAAGCAACGUCCCCAACAGGACGUAUGCGCCAAGCUUCCAAUCCAAAGGACAUCGGACAUCAUCGGCUCCAUCGAUUUACAGAAUCGAUCCGGAGUACCUCUGCGCCACUAUCGAAGAUCCUUGAAAACGUCCCCAGUGAAGGCGUUCCAGGCAUUCGUUCAGGCGGAGUAUUCGGCGAAGGAAACUCCCGGCGAAAUUCCAUCAUGGGAAGACCCUAUAAAUACAGUUUGAAAAAAUCCAACAAAUUUAUCGUCACCCCGGCUUUCGACCCCGCUGCCAAAAAAUAAGAUGCUUGAAGCUACUGUGCCUGAUUAUAAAAAGUAAGAAUUCGUCCAAUAGGAAAAUGUCUGUUCCCAUGUAUUAUUUUAUCGAAUGUUUAUUAUUUGUAUUUGUUUGUCAAUGUUGUUCGAUGAAUUAAAAGCAAAUGUACAUUCUUAGAUUGUAGAUAUUCACAAAUAUGAGCACUAACAUUAAAAACCAGUUGAUAAUGUAAAA